UUACCCAGAGGAGCAGAUCCGCGCGCCUCUGAGUGCCGUCGCCGCCGCCGUACCCGCCGGUGCUUCCUCCCGAGGUCCACCGCUCGGGACUGCUCGCUUGGGCCGGGCUGAGAGAGAGGAGCAAGAAAGAGCCCCAGAGCGCGCGGGCCCACACGGCCCCGCCUUUCCCGCUCGCCUCCGCGGCCUCUCAGCCCGCGGGGCUCGGCUAGUCAGCGCACAGCGGCCGCGGCGGUGGGGAGGCGGCGGCGCCCGGCAUGUAUCAGAGCCCGCGGCGGCUCUGCUCCGCCCUGCUGCAGAGGGACGCCUCCGGCCUGCGUCGCCUGCCCCUACCCGGCCUGCGCCGCCCGUCUACCCCGCCGGCGCUCGGCCCCCGGCCCGCGUCCCCGCGACUCCUGGCGGCGGCCUCGGGCGCCGCGAGGUCGUGUUCCCGUUCAGUGAGUUCCAUGGGCAACGGCACGAGCAGACUCUUCAGUGCUCUCGCCAAGACACUCAACAGCAGCUCAGUGGCCCAGCACCCGGAGUAUUUGGUGUCAGGUGAUCCAGAACACCUUGAACCCAUUGAUCCUAAAGAGCUUCUUGAGGAAUGCAGGGCUGUCCUGCACACUCGGCCACCCCGGUUCCAGAGGGAUUUUGUGGAUCUGAGGACAGAUUGCCCCAGUAGCCACUCUCCCAUUAGGGUCAUGCAGUGGAACAUCCUCGCCCAAGCUCUUGGAGAAGGCAAAGACAAUUUUGUGCAAUGCCCACUUGAAGCACUCAAAUGGGAAGAAAGGAAAUGCCUCAUCCUGGAAGAAAUCUUGGCCUAUCAGCCUGACAUACUGUGCCUCCAAGAGGUGGACCACUAUUUUGACACCUUCCAACCACUCCUUAGUAGACUGGGCUAUCAAGGCACAUUUUUCCCCAAGCCCUGGUCACCAUGUCUAGAUGUUGAACACAACAAUGGUCCAGAUGGCUGUGCCUUAUUUUUUCUCCAAAACCGGUUCAAGCUCAUCAACAGUUCCAAUAUUAGGCUGACAGCCAUGACGCUGAAAACUAAUCAAGUGGCCAUUGCACAGACCCUGGAGUGCAAGGAGUCUGGCCGACAGUUCUGCAUCGCUGUCACCCACUUAAAAGCACGCACUGGCUGGGAGCGGUUCCGAUCAGCUCAGGGCUGUGACCUUCUUCAGAACCUGCAGAACAUCACACAGGGAGCCAAGAUUCCUCUGAUUAUCUGUGGGGACUUUAAUGCAGAGCCAACUGAAGAGGUCUACAAACACUUUGCUUCCUCCAGCCUCAAUCUGAACAGCGCCUAUAAGCUGCUGAGUCCGGAUGGGCAGUCAGAGCCUCCAUAUACAACCUGGAAGAUCCGGACCUCAGGGGAGUGCCGUCACACCUUGGACUACAUCUGGUAUUCUAGACAUGCUCUAAGUGUCACAUCAGCUCUUGAUUUACUCACUGAAGAACAGAUUGGGCCCAACCGGCUCCCAUCCUUCAAUUACCCUUCAGACCACCUGUCUCUAGUGUGUGACUUCAGCUUUAAUGAGGAGCCUGACGAACUUCUAUAAACACUUCUCCAUCCUUUUUAAUCAUAAGAAUCUCAACCAGGGAUGUUUUAAGAAACUGGAAUAGGAUAAGAAGUUGCCUGAGAAGACGCCCGCUUUCUGUCACUUCGUUCUCUACUGUUUCCAGCAUGCCCUUGGAAAAGAAUUAGUUCACAAACGUUUCAGUCAAAACCUGCAGCGAAAACGGUGUUUGCACUCCAGUUUGGGAUUGUAUUGUUUCAUUUCCCUUACCAUUGCAUUUUCAACCAUUUAAGGGCAUUAAAUUAGGCUUGUUUGGAAGUUUUUUAAGUUGGGGGCGUUAUAAAAACUCAGUUGAUUGAGUUCUUCAUAAUUAACAAUAAGAUGUAGGAACAGUUUUCUAGACAGCAUUUCAAGUUAUUUGUUUUUUUAAAUGUCAAUGAGAAAUGCAUGACAAUAUUUAUUUUUUAUAUCGUCAUAUAAAUUAAUUAUAGCAUUAUAGACAUUUACAGAAACAUAGAGAAAGUAACUUACAGUAAUUUCCUUAAAGCUUCAAAAUGUAUACAAAGGAACUAUUUGGCCUGGAGGGGGUUUGUUACUUACAUGAUAAGUAUCAGAUCUCCUUGGUACAUUUUUCAUAAAUGAUCUUGCAGUUUGCUGUGCCUCCAAGUUCUUCAUUAUUGUGUUUCUGAAGAGAUUCCAGUUAGCUUUCAGUUAUUUAAGUGAUUAGUUUUCAUUAUUGAAUCACUGAUACGUAUUUAUACUUUUUCUGUUGUAGUGACAUCAGUAUAUAUUUGAAAGUUAUUUUCCAUUUUCAUUUCUGUUGGAAUGUGCUUUUCACAAUAGCUUUAGGAAGAGUUAUGGGGAAGUGGCUAAGAUAAUCAGUGAGAAUUUAUUUGGAGAUGGGAAACUCUAGAGAACAGCCAAGAAAAUCUGGAGACCAGCUUGGGCUACAUAAUCAAGUUCAGAGAUAGCCAGACCCUCUCUCAAAAAACCAGACCCUCUCUCAAAAAAUUCCUAAGAUAGCCACAUGACUGAGUUCAAAAUAUUUAGAAUGUAAAAGAGUCAAGAAGAUAACCUAGAGUUCUCUUCCAACAGAAAGAAGUGAUAACAGUUGAAGCCUCUUCCAAACAAAAUAACCUAUUGGUGGUAAAUUGUUAAAUAUUUUAAUGUAUGAGUUAUAAAUAUUAAAGAUUAAUAAAUGGUCUUUUAAAGCUA